UCUUGCAUAAUGUGGUGAAACAGCUAAUAUUACAUUUCGCCAUCUGACCCAUUUACACAAGAUUACGGUUUCAGUCCUAGUUAGAUCUGUCCUGGUCUCCGAACAGUUGCAUGUAUCAUAUCUCUGUGACUAAAUUAAACCUCAGCGUGUAUUUCAGGUCGUCCUCUUCUUUGUUCUGAUCAGUGACUGAAGGCUGCCCUCUGCAGGACAAACGCGUACCGCCAUCUUUGUUCGAGUUUGAACGCGACACUGGCAUUUUAUUAUUAUUUUUUUUAAUUGAAUUGUAAAUUUGAACGAGACGUGGGCGUCUUACCUUUUUAAUUAAACUGUACGUUUACGUUUAAUUUAAAACACAGAAACCGCGCGGUUCUAGAACAGUUAACAUCAGUAUUUUGAAAUCUGACGAGGAAGGGGACUUUUAUUUUGAAGUGUGGCUCGGACCCGGAAAUGUAAAUCAGAGGAAUAAAAACAUACAUGACCAGCGAUUCAGUCUCAGAAAUGUGUAUAAAAUGAGUUACUUUGUGUUCGUGCGUUUUAUCACGCGAGUACACAAAGAAUAGUUAUUGUAUAUUUAAUAGCCUAGCGAUAUUUUAAGUGUUUAAUGCAGUUUUUCGUUAUAAGACUCGUGAUGUUUAAAAACAUGUUUAAAUCAGGCUGUUUAGUGAGAACUGCUCAUGUUAUUCUGACCUGGCUCACCACUUUAGUCCUGUUUCUACAUAACACAGAUCUCCGCAGGUGUCAGGAGAGAGGAGAUCUGGUGCAGCCUGUGGCGUUCUUCUCUGUGGUCCUGCUCUCUGUUCUGCUGUACUUCGCCGUGUCUCUGAUGGAUCCUGGGUUCGUUCUGUCUGACAGCGACUCGAAGGGAACGUCAUUGGACGGCAAUGAAGAACUGGAGCAGAUGAUUCCUGAAGAUCACAGCUCGUUAAAACAGCGACGCUGCGGCUACUGCUUUUUACUGCAACCGAUGAGGGCCAAGCACUGUAAAGCGUGCAAGCGCUGCGUGAGGCGUUUUGACCAUCACUGUCCCUGGAUAGACAACUGUGUCGGCGAGAGGAAUCACAAAUGGUUCCUGCUCUACCUCUGUGUGCAGUUUGUUGCUGUAUCUUGGGGUUUGCAGGCUUCAUGGUCCGGUGUGGUGUCUGCCCCGUCCUGGAAGCAGUGGCUGUCUCAGAACGGACUGGUGCUCGGGGCGCUGGCGUUGACGGCCGUCUUCUCGCCGGUCGUCCUGCUGCUGCUGUGCAUUCACCUGUACCUGGCCUCGGUGAACAGCACCACCUGGGAGUUCAUGUCACGCCGGCGCAUCGUUUACCUCAAGCGCUGCGACUCGGAGGAGAACCCCUUCGACAGAGGGGUCGUCUGCAAUCUGUGGCGCUUCUGCUGCGUCUGCGGGACGGUGGCAUGGGAGAGGAUCUACAGCAGACACACACACACCGCUGUAUGACUUCACACCCAGCAUUAAAGUAAACCUGCAGGGAACCACAGUAUCUACCUGAUAAAUGAACGAAGCCAUCAAUCAUCCCGUGCCACAAUUACUGGGUGUCAAGAGAAGGAUGUUUUCAGUCUGUUUUCUACUCGUUUGUUGCAUAAUGUGCAUCUGUUCAUGUAACGAGGGACGUUUUGUAAAGUUUGCAAGGUUUUCGAAUAACUUUUGUAUCGGUUCGAGUUAUUUUUACACGUGACCAAAUAAACUUUUGCACACAGUG